CAUACUUUAUUUCCUUUACUUUUGUUAAGAUUUUAAUCAAUUGUAUAGCUGUUAUUCAUACAAUGGAUUUUUUUGUUAAUCAAAUAUUCAAUUUAAGUGGUUUUUCUUUGCUCGGUGUUUUCGGAUCAACUGCAAUUAUUGGAUUCACAUAUUAUUAUUUGACAUCUGUAGUCCAAGAACCUAAAUUACACUGCAAAGAAGGCAAUUUCAAGAGGUUUCUUUACCAACAUGUGCCUCUAACAAAAGCAAAAAUGUGGCCGUUGGUAUUGGGUUUUGAACCUCAUGUGAAUUCUCUGAUAGCAGCUUUUAUGCGACAUUUAUUUGUGCCAUCCAUAAAAUAUGACAGAGAAUUACUGGAUCUCAAAGAUGGCGGUCAAGUAGCAUUAGAUUUUUUGGAACCAAAUGAAAAUUCAAAAAAUGGAGAUGUCACGAUUUUGAUAUUACCUGGGGCUAACAAUAAUUCUAGAAGUGGGUAUGUAAGAGCUGCAUCAUUAGCCCUGCAAAAAUCUGGAUUUCGAGCAGUUGUUUUUAAUUAUAGAGGAUUGGGAGGAGUCAAAUUAAAGACGCCAAAAUGUUAUUCCGGAAGCAACAUAGAAGAUCUUACAGAGGUAAUUCAUCAUGUAAAACAAAAGUACCCUAAAACUGUUUUAGGGGGUUUAGGAAUAUCGAUGGGUUGUUCGUUGUUAGGAAUUUAUAUGUAUUCUAACGAUCAAUAUACUCAUAAACAUUUGAGUGCUGCAAUGCUUGUAUCAGUGGUUUGGAAUACAAAGUCUACCACAUCAUCUAUGUCAACAAGUACCAUGAACCGUAUGAUUGAUUUGUUUUUUACACGUUGCCUUAUAAAUUCUGUGAAGAAGAAUAGAAAAGUCUAUGACCGUCCAAACCAAAAGUGGAAUUACAAUGAAGUAAUUAAGAGUAAAACUGGAGACGAGUUUUGUAGAAAUUUCACAAUUAAAGUGCUCGACUACGAUACGAUUGAUGAUUACUAUGAUUCUUUUUCAAUGCAUGACAAAAUAAACCGCUUUAAUAUACCAUGUUUGUGUUUGAGUGCUGCUGAUGAUUAUUUAUCUUUAAAACCCGAUGUACCUAUAGAACUAGCUUCCACUACAGAAAAUGUUGCGAUUUUAUUAACUGCAAGAGGAGGACAUAUUGGAUUUUUCGACAAUUUUAGACCGUUUUCAGGAAAGGAUGAGUUCAUGAUACGACUUAUAUUGCAAUAUUUCGAAGCAAUGUUCAAAAAUGAUAACUACAAAAAAUUUACAAAUUGACUGAUCGAACUUGACUCAUAUUUUUGUUGGUCAUACAGAUUAAGUUAAGAUCAAAUAUAUGAUAAUAUUUUAUAUAUAAUUAUAUUUUAUAAAUAUAAAUAGAUAAAAAUUUAGAUAAGAAUACAGUAAAACAUUCGUCUAGUUGAAGAUCUGGGUAUAACUUAUUUAUUUGAAAAAUGUAUUUUAAGUGCUGGUUUGGACUGUACUGGUUUAGACUGUACCAUCUUUUUUUGUUUUGGUGUAUUUUUGUUGUUAUUGUAUUAUUUAUUAGUGCACGACCGGUUUUUUUUUAUUUUGUUUUAUGGGCUGGGAGCUAGACUUAAACACUAAAUCACUAAAGUCAGAAAUUUUUAACUUUUUAAAUGGUCUGAAACCAAACUGUCUAAUUCCGUAAAAAGAAUUAAGUAUCUGUUUAAAUCAACAAAUAAGGAACAAACUUGAUGUUAAUCGUAAAUAAAUCUGUUUAUUGUGAAAUACAUUAAAGUAAAUGACAACUCGUAUAUUAGAGCAUUAUGAAAUUUGUAUUUAAUCGAAAUAUAAAUAAUGUUAUAUAAUUUUAUUCCGUUGAUUUCUGACUGUUUUAUAACUGUGUCUUAAGUAAUUGUACUCUAUUAUUUAUGUCAUUGAAGCUUACUUGCCACCAUGUGCCCUCAAUUUCUCUGUAUACUUCGGCUGUUGAUCCAUCCCAUACGGUACAAGUACCAUUAGAGCCAGUCUUAAAAUCUUUUUUAUUAGACGAUGGGAGUUUUGUACUCAUUAACAGUGCUAUCAAACGACACAACCCUAAUAAAGAGACACCAUGUUCAUAUCUAUCUAAAAAAAUAAAAACAUUUUUUGUUUUUAAUUUACUAAAAUAUUCUUACUAGUUAAUAUAUUUCCUCGCGGUUCUACACACAACUACCUUUCUUGUAAAAAAAGUUGCUUCUGAUAGUUACAUAAUUAUAUUAAAUUUCUACCUGUGAUAGUAUUCAUUUUUUUUGUACAGCCUACUAUUAGUAUUAAUGCUCGAUGAAAGUAUUCAUGUUUUACUUAUUUUAUUACCACUUAAAAAAGUAGACAGCAAAAACGUGCGGUUUAACGGUUAAAUAAUGAAAUGAUUCGAUGGGAUUUUGUGAUAAGUACCAAACGACAAGAA